AUGGCCCCUGUUCUCCCCGUGUCCGGGAAAAGGGGGUGGUCCCCAGCGUCGGAUGCAGCCAAGAGGUCAGAGAAUGUGGACUGGAAGAAGCCUGGGGUCUGGGAAUUGAGAGAGAGGGCAGCUUUGGGCAGUGAUGAGGUUGGAGGCCAGACCAUCGAGGGGGAGGGGGUUGAAUUACAUGGGACAGCCGUAAGAGGAGGCCCAGGAUUUCCGAAGCCCGGGCAUCCCCUAGAGGCAGCCUCUGGCACAAACUGGAGUUUGGCCAGAGUUAUUCACCCCUACCCUGAGAUCCAGGGAGGCGUGGGCCUCUGUUCCCCUGCUGCCUGCCUGGGUCUGGAGAGCAUAUCAGCACAUCAGUCACGUCUGCCUAUCUACACUGUGAUCUACCUCCUUGGUUCUCCACCUCUCCCGGGAAGGGAGGGGUCGGUGACAUUCAAGUACGUGGCCGUGGACUUGUCCUGGGAGGAGUGGGGGCAGUUGGGCCCUGCCCAGAAGGAGCUGUACCGGGAGGUGAUGCUGGAGAUCUACAAGCACCUGGAAUUUGGGCCUGGUUGUUUCCAAGCCAGAUGUAAUCUUGCAGCUGGAGCAAGGGGAAGCACUGUGGAUGCCAGGGGGCGAGGUGCCGAGGAGAAACUGCCCAGGCCAGUGCCUAACUCAACAUCCGUUCUCACUGGACAGAGAAGCCAUAAGGAAGUCAUGAUCAUGGAAACCCUUCAGCCAGAACACGUAGCGCAGCGCUACCUCUGUCUUUUUUUGAAGCACUGUUAAAGUUAUUGGAACGAAAACCCCAGAGCCAGGCACAGACCCCAGCAGCACCCUGCUUGAGAGACCUCUUUCUGCGUUACAUUGAACCGUGAAUGACUGCUGUUUGAAGCCACCUAGUUGUUUAACCCAUAUCGCCCUCUUUUCUACACUUAUAUCGUGAAAGACCACGUUCUUUGCCAAGUUCAAGAUGAAAAUCGUGCUAUGCCUCCGUUGGUUGAGAUCCUCAUCAGCCUAAUAGUUGGUCUCUUUCACUGCUCCAGUGUAGCCUACCUACUGCUGCCAAAGGAAAUUUUAAGUCCAAAUCUGACCAUUUGACUCCCCU